AAACGUGAACCUUGACAGGCACAGAUGGGCUGAGGCAAAAUCCUGUAGAAGAACAGUAUCUUGGAGUUGUCUAAAACCAGAAUCCAGGGCUUUGAGCCAGGAUUGUGGGGACAGCAAGAGGAAGCAUCAAGCUGAGAGUGGCUAUUUCUCUUUGGAGUGUUGUAAAUCAGAGUCAAAUUGGAUCUCUUCCACUUCCUGUCCUAACCAUAGCAUGUUGCCUGCCCCUAGCAAUGCCACCGGUGCAAGCAGGUGGACUGCUUCCUCCCUCAGCUUGGCAGAUUCAGAGCUGAACUGGCACAGGAGUGGCAGCGGAGAGGGCCGGUGUGGGCUGAUAAAGCAAAACUAUACAAUCUUGGCUGAUUUACCCAAGGCCAAACGGCUUCAUCGCCAGGGGGCUUUUGAAAAAGAGCACAGCCGUGCUCGGAGUCCAGGCCGAGCAGAGGUGGAACGGAUAUUUGGGCAGGAUCGCAGGAAGUCAGAGACACUGGAAGUCUUCCAGGCCUUGGAAGAGGGCCUCCUGGAACGUUUGGACAGCAAGUCCUUGAAGCUGGCCAAGGAAGGGCGAUUAGUCAGAAGGCGGUCGAGCCCCGCCCUGUGCCGAGAAGUAAAGACAAGUUUUCCACGAGAGCCAGAACAGCCCAGGAAAAGAGAACCUCUCUGCAUAGGAAGAGCAGAACAGCAACUCAAGAUAAGUAGCCAGAGCCAUGGUGAAUCCUUGCAUUUAAGGAGCCCAAAGCAGCAAUCGGAGAGAGAAAUCCAAAGUAGAAGGAUGCCUCUGUACUCAGCAACUUCAACCUCUCAGGAGAGAGAAGGAAGGAAAUUGGAGGAGCUUGUGUCUCGUAUGAGUUCCAGUGCAGAGAGGGUUGCCCUUUUUCCUACGAGUCAUGGGAGGCAAGUGGAUAAUGAUAAAAAGAGACGAGCAGAGAUCUUGCAUCAAAAGAGCCCUGGGAAGAAUGGCACAGAUACUAGAUGGAAAAGCAGUCCAGGUACCUUGCAUACUGCUAAUCCUUCAAAUACUUUGGACAAGAAUCAAGCAAGGCCCAUAAGGCAACUAGAUAGGUAUAAAGAAAGUGACCGGAAAGCACGAGGAAAACCUUUACUCCUUAUAGGUGCAGUUGACCAGCCAAGAAAGGACAUAAGAGACUCCCAAGAAGUUAUUUGUGCUGUUGGCUCAAGAAGUGAAAUUGCAUCUAGAGGGAAAGGGGGACAGCCGCUGGUUUGUUCAAGGCUUGGGCAUGAUCAGGGCGGAGUCCAAGAAGUGAAAAAGUAUCCUUUUAAUCCUAGGAAACAAAUGGGAACUGGUUUGAAAAGUCCUAGCGCAGCUGUGAACAGCUCUAGACCUGGAAUGUCUGCUAGUAGAAGCAAAAGAGAUAUCAGAAACACUUGUGGCCAAGGAAGAUGCAUUGAAGACAGUGGGACCAGUGUGAGAGAACUCAGACAUUCUCCAAAUCCUGGGAGUUCAAUGGAAAGUAGCCAAAUACACCUUGAGCAAGCAAGAUGCUGUGCUGCUUCACAGCAGCACCUAGAGAAUAACUGGAAAAGUGGAAGGGAAACCAGGAGUGUAAGGGCCGGUGCCAGUAGUGAUGGGAUGAGCAAAAGAGACCAUUCAAUUGUUUUCACUCCUAAGAAGGAGAAUGACUGGAAGGGUUGUUGCACGUCCUGUAGCCCCACAAACCCUACAGUUUUUGGACAGCAAGGGAUGGUCCAAGAAACUCUUGCACACUCCAUCAAACCAGAGACUGUCCCAAGAAGCCAAGAAAGCUCCCAGAGCCAUGUACAUCCAAUGCCAUCCUUAGAAAAAGAGUGGUUAAGCCAAGGGGAGUGCUUCCAUUCUGCCAAGCCAGGGCAGCAACAAUUGGGGGAUAACAGGGAACAUCAAGAAACUCCAGUAAAACGGGCAGAGGAUGAAUGGAUAAACUGGCAGAGGUGUCCCAGUCCCUCAACAGCAGAGAAGCAUCUGGGAAAUAAUAAGGAAAAACUUUUCUAUCUGGUAAGGAAGAGAUAA